CUUUUCCACCCAUCAAAAUCCACGUUUUGGAUAGAAACCAGCCGGAUUUAGCCAUCUGGUUCCGUCAUGGGAACCUCUUGCUCCAUUCCCAAUGUCAACAUAUAUUCAAAUAUGGACAAGGACGAUAUCAGUGACGAUGAAUCAUCGAAUCCCUCGCCUCAAAACGUGUUCCAAUCUGUGUUUAGUACAAGUAAGACCAAGAGGAUCGAUCGAUCCAUUGUGAACUCGGGACGAAAAGAAGCGGAAAAAAUCAAAUUGCUUCUUCUAGGAGCCGGAGAAUCAGGAAAAUCAACGUUUGUCAAACAAAUGAAGAUAAUUCACACUGAAGGUUACACCUUGGUGGAACAACUGGAAUAUCGCAACGUGGUCAUUGCCAACACCAUUCAGAGUUUAGCAGCCAUUUUGAAAGGCAUGCAAGUGCUGAAAAUCAGUUACAGCUCAAUUGAAACCGAAAGCAUGGCCAAGGUGUUUCUUUUUGAAGUGGAUGAGUUGAAUUUCUUGGAAGUUCAGACUAUGCCCGAGCACCUCUACAACGCCAUGAAAAAGUUGUGGAUAGAUAGUGGGGUUCGUAAGUGCUUCGAGAGAUCGAAGGAAUACCAACUCAAUGACUCUGCAGCCUACUUUCUCGACGCAUUAGAUCGCAUCUCGGAUGAGGACUACAUUCCAACCGAGGACGAUAUCUUGAGGACCCGAGUGAAGACGACGACGAUAUCGGAAAUGACUUUCGUCUUUAAAAACAUGUUGUUCUGCAUGUACGAUGUGGGUGGUCAACGUACCGAGCGAAGGAAAUGGAUCCAUUGCUUCGAUAACGUCACUUCCGUUUUUUUUUUGGCCGCAAUCUCGGGUUACGACCAAACUUUAGAGGAAGAUCCAACGACCAAUCGACUCAAGGAAUCUAUACGGCUCUUUGAAAGCAUCUGUAACAACCGAUGGUUUGAGGAAACCUCGAUGGUCCUGUUCCUCAACAAAGUGGAUCUGUUCCAAAAGAAGAUUCAGACCAACCCGCUCUCCCAAUAUUUUGUUGACUACGAAGGAUCCUUCACGGACUUUGAGGAAAACGCUAGUUUCAUUCUGAAGAAGUUCCUCGACAAAAACCAGAGAGCCAAGACCAUCUACUCCCAUUUCACGUGUGCCACCAAUACAGAUAAUGUCAAUGUGGUCUUCACCACAGUUGUUGAUAUCAUUGUUAUGCACCAGUUGAAAGACAUAAACAUGAUUUGA